AUGGUGGCGGAGAAAGAGGAUGUUGUUGUCGUCUCCCCUCUUGUUAGCCUGGUCCUACCAGACAUUGGAAGUGUAAAGGCCACAACAGACUCUCCAGACCUCCAGCGGUGUUUCUUCCAGCUCAGUGGUUUGGGAAUGGACCCUGUCAUCCUGCUGGGGGGAUUCUCAGCCUUCCAUGCCCUCUACCCUUUCCUCUGCACACCGCGUAUGGUCCUGCUGGAACCUGAGAGGCACACCUUAACCAUCUACCCCUCAGAGAUCCUGGAAGAAGCUCUCUACCAGGGCUCUGCCUCCCAGGCGUCUAACUUCCGCAUUAUCAAGAAUCUACACAUCACUCAUGUUGUCAAUGCCACUGCCAACUGCCCUGAUGCUUUCCCCAACACUCUGUGCUACUUGAGGCUGUGUCUGAGUGAUGAUGCCCAGCAGGACUUACUGAAGGCACUUCCAUUGGCAUCCAGGUUCAUCAACUCAGCCCUGAUGGCUGAUCCUGCUGGUCGUGUGCUUGUCCACUGCAGUAUGGGAAGGAGUCGCAGCUCAGCACUAACGCUGGCCUUUCUCAUGGAGCAUCGACGCUGGUCACUGCUUCAUGCCCUGCGCUGGUUGAAAGACAGGAGGGCCUGUACGGCACCCAACAUAAACUUCCUGCGUCAGCUGCUGACCUACGAGAAGCUGCUUUUUGGGAGCAGACUCACCUCCUUGAACGACAUCCGCCGGUGACUGGAGUAAGAAUGGGAAUGAGGAUACUUUUGAUUUUUUUUGACAGUUCACACAU